GGCUAAACUUUAGUUUGCUUUCCUGUUUAUUGAUCUUCAUCAACUCGCAGUUGUCCAUUGCCAUGUCUCGGAGGUCACGAAAACCCGCUGAACAGGCUUUUAAUGCUGAAGAACGUGCACCAACAGAACCGAAAACGCACAAGCAGAGGUGGAGGUUGGCCUUGACGGUCAUAUCCUUCACCAGGGCUCUUAAUACACUUGCCAAGAAAGUAAUUUAUGACAAGGGCCAAGUACCUCGAUCCAUCUCUUACAUAUCCAUUGAUGUACCCAGCAACGAAGACGAUAGUGCAGGCGAGAGCAGUCGUUCUUUGCUUGAUCUUGAUCAGAAGGCGCUUACUGAUAUGGUGAAGGACAAGAACCUUGAUCUUUUGAGUCAAUUUGGAGGAGUUAAAGAUUUGGCUUCUACUCUUGGAACUGAUGUGAAGGGGGGAAUUGGCGGGGGAGAGGCUGAUUUGAUGCAUAGGAAAGAUGUUUUUGGAGCCAAUGUGUUUCAGAAGCCGCCUGCAAAACGCUUCAUGAGUUUUUUCAUUGAAGCAUUCAAGGACACAACCAUCAUAAUACUUCUGGUAUGUGCUAUACUCUCUCUAGGGUUUGGAAUUCAAAAGCAUGGCUUGAAAAACGGUUGGUAUGAUGGUGGUAGCAUUGUUCUUGCUGUCUUGUUAGUCGUUAUUGUCACUGCUGUCUCGAACUUCAAGCAGUCGAGGCAAUUUGAUAAGCUUUCGACCAAGAGUAGUGACAUAAGUGUUGAAAUUGUGAGAGCUGGACAACGCCGUCCCAUAUCUAUAUUUGAUAUUGUUGUGGGUGAUCUUGUUUGCCUGAAGAUUGGGGAUCAGGUUCCGGCAGAUGGGGUGUUUAUGGAAGGGCAUUCAUUGAAGGUGGACGAAUCCAGCAUGACAGGGGAAAGCGAACACAUUGAGAUCAAUAGUGGAAACCAUCCCUUUCUGUUAUCUGGCACAAAGGUGACAGAUGGGUUUGGUUUGAUGCUUGUCACCUCUGUGGGCAUGAACACAGCCUGGGGCGAGAUGAUGAGCUCAAUAAGUCGGGAUUUAGAUGAGCAGACACCUUUACAGGCACGGCUUGACAAGCUUACAUCUUAUAUUGGGAAGGUUGGUUUGGCAGUGGCUGUGCUUGUUCUUGCGGUUUCGCUGAUUCGUUAUUUCACCGGACACACCACAGAUGACAAGGGGAACAGAGAAUUCUAUGGAGGCAAGACAAAGUUCGAUGAUGUAGUGAAUUCUGCUCUGGAUAUUUUAGCUGCAGCAAUCACAAUUGUUGUUGUGGCUAUUCCUGAAGGUUUGCCCCUGGCCGUUACCUUGACUCUUGCGUAUUCAAUGAAGAAGAUGAUGAAUGACAACGCCUUGGUUCGAAGGCUCUCUGCAUGUGAGACGAUGGGAUCAGCCACAACCAUCUGCACUGACAAAACAGGCACUCUUACCAUGAAUGAGAUGAAGGUUACAGAGUUUUGGCUUGGUCCAGAAGCAAUGACAGAAGAGAAUCAGUCAGAGAUAACACAACCCAUUCUGCAAUUACUCCAUCAGGCUGUAGGCUUAAACACAACUGGCAGUGUUUGUAUACCGAAUUCUUCAUCCAUCCCUGAGAUUUCUGGUAGCCCAACUGAGAAAGCAAUACUUUCUUGGGCUGUGUUUGAUUUGGGAAUGAAUUCUGAAGAAGUGAAACAAGGCUGUCAGAUAAUCCAUGUUGAAACUUUCAAUUCGGAGAAAAAGAGAAGCGGUGUUUUGAUGAGGAGGAACGGUGAAAAGGCAACUGAAACCCACUGGAAAGGAGCAGCUGAGAUGAUACUGGCCUUGUGCUCAAAUUAUUAUGACAAGACUGGAAAAUUGAGAGCCAUCAGUGAUGAAGAAAGAUUGCAUGUUGAGUCAAUUAUUCAGAACAUGGCAGCCAAAAGCUUGCGGUGCAUUGCCUUUGCUCAUAAAAUUUCUGAAGAAGAGAAUGGCAGUCAGGGUCAUGAGAAGCUUGAAGAAAGUGGGCUGACAUUGUUGGGUCUUGUGGGUUUGAAGGAUCCGUGCAGACCUGGAGUUCGAACAGCAGUAGACGCUUGCAGAGCUGCUGGAGUGAAAAUUAAGAUGAUAACCGGUGACAAUGUGCAUACUGCAAAAGCUAUAGCUGUUGAAUGUGGGAUACUGAAACCAGAGGAGGAUCUGGAGGAUGAUGCAGUUGUAGAAGGUGUCCAAUUUCGAAAUUACUCACCUGAAGAGACAAUGGAAAGGAUCGAUAAGAUUCGCGUGAUGGCAAGAUCGUCACCAUUUGAUAAGCUAAAGAUGGUACAGUACUUGAAGCAGAAAGGCCAUGUGGUUGCAGUGACGGGAGAUGGCACGAAUGAUGCACCUGCCCUAAAGGAAGCAGAUAUUGGGCUUUCAAUGGGGAUCCAAGGCACUGAAGUUGCAAAGGAGAGCUCAGACAUUGUGAUCUUAGAUGAUAACUUCACUUCUGUGGUGACUGUUCUGCGAUGGGGCAGGUGUGUUUAUAACAAUAUUCAAAAGUUCCUUCAGUUCCAGCUCACAGUAAAUGUUGCUGCCCUUGUGAUCAACUUUGUUGCCGCUGUUUCGUCUGGCAAAGUUCCACUGACUGCUGUCCAGUUGCUGUGGGUGAACCUUAUAAUGGAUACAUUGGGGGCUUUAGCUUUGGCCACUGAACAACCAACCAACGAACUCAUGGACAAGAAACCAGUGGGUCGAACGGAGCCACUCAUAACCAGAGUCAUGUGGAGAAACCUCUUAUCUCAGGCUUUGUAUCAGAUCACCAUCUUGCUGACUCUACAGUUUAAGGGAAGAUCCAUCUUUGGCGUGGAUGAGAAGGCCAAGAAUACCCUUAUCUUCAACACUUUUGUUUUUUGCCAAGUCUUCAAUGAGUUCAAUGCCAGGAACAUGGAGAAGAAGAACAUAUUCAAGGGGUUACUCAAGAACAAGUUGUUCUUAGCAAUAAUUGGCAUCACUGCAGUUCUUCAAAUAGUGAUGGUUGAACUUCUGACGAAGUUUGCAAGUACUAAGAGGCUGAAUUGGGGGCAAUGGGGUGCUUGCAUUGGGAUUGCAGCGAUGUCUUGGCCGAUUGGUUGGCUUGUUAAGUACGUUCCUGUUUCUGGAUAGCAGGUUCCAAGGCAUAUAAUUCCUGAAAAAUUGUCAAACAGAUAGA